GCUUGGCGGCGGUUGUUUUCAGGCCACUGUACGCAGCUCUCAGCUGAGGCUUGCUGGGCUCCCAGCUUGCAGGCGAGACCAUCUUCGCAGGCGCGCGCUCGCGGACCGACCGAGUCGAGAGGGCCUGAGUGGCGGGUCCAGCGGGCAGCGUCCCCGAGGUCGUCGGCCGCGGCGAUGUCUGCCCGGUGCUGUGCUGGCCAGUUGGCCUGCUGUUGCGGAUCAGCUGGCUGUUCCCUCUGCUGUGGCUGCUUCCCUAAGGUUCGACAGUCUCGCACCACCCGCUUCAUGUAUCUACUCUACUUUGUCCUGGUCAUCGGCCUCUGCUGUGUGAUGAUGUCACCUUCCGUGACGAAGCAGGUGAAAGAGCAUAUUCCGUUUUUUGAAGAAUUCUGUAAAGGCAUUAAAGCUGGCGACACCUGUGAGAGCCUGAUGGGGUACUCUGCAGUGUAUAGAGUGUGCUUCGGAAUGGCCUGUUUCUUCUUUGUGUUUUGCCUGCUGACGCUGAAAAUCAACAACAGCAAAAGUUGCCGGGCCUACAUUCACAAUGGCUUUUGGUUCUUUAAACUUCUGCUGCUGGGGGCCAUGUGCUCAGGAGCGUUCUUCAUUCCAGAUCAGGAGAGCUUUCUGAAUGCCUGGCGCUAUGUGGGAGUCACAGGGAGCUUCCUCUUCAUUGCUAUCCAGCUCCUCCUGAUUGUGGAGUUUGCACAUAAAUGGAACAAGAACUGGACUGCGGGCACUGCCAGCAACAAGCUGUGGUACGCCUCCCUGUCCCUGGCGACACUCAUCAUGUACUCCAUAGCCGCUGGAGGCUUGAUUCUGAUGGGAGUGUUUUACACACAGUGGGACGACUGCACCGACAACAAGAUCCUCCUGGGAGUGCAUGGGGGCCUGUGCGUGCUCAUCUCUCUGGCAGCCAUCUCGCCCUGUGUCCAGAAUCGACAGCCGCACUCUGGGGUGCUGCAGUCCGGACUCAUAAGCUGCUAUGUCACCUACCUCACGUUCUCAGCACUGACCAGCAAGCCUGGAAAAGUAGUCGUAGAUGAACAUGGGAGGAAUGUCACCAUAUGUGUGCCUGACUUCGGUCAUAACCUGCGUAAAGACGAGAACUUGGUGACUUGGCUGGGCACCUUUCUCCUGAUUGUGUGCAUCUCAUAUUCAUGUUUGACAUCAACGACGAGGUCGAGCUCGGAUGCACUGCAGAGGCGAUACGGAGCCCCCGAACUGGAAGUAGCCCGGUGCUGUUUUUGCUUCGGCCAAGAUGGAGAAGACACCGAGGAGCAGCAGAAUGUCAAGGAGGGACCCCGCGUCAUUUAUGACGAGAAGAAAGGCACCGUGUACAGCUACUCCUAUUUCCACUUCGUCUUCUUCCUGGCAUCCCUCUACAUGAUGAUGACGUUGACCAGCUGGUUCCACUACGAAAAUGCCACCAUUGAGACCUUCGUCAUCGGGAGCUUCUGGGUCAAGAUGGCUUCCUGCUGGAUGUGUGUGGUGUUGUACCUGUGGACCCUGGUGGCCCCUCUCUGCUGCCCCUCUAGGCAGUUCUCUGUGUGAGGAUGUCCAAGAGCCCCUUGGCUCAGCAAGCCUGUGCCUACUCUGGAGGGCCGUCCUCGGAGCGUGUGCAGCAGCAGGAGGGGUUUAAGCAGCAACUGGUGCCCUAUGAAAAGCUGACAUCCCCUGCUGUCUUAAGUGGGUCUGACAAAGCUGUCAGAAAACAAGGAAAACCUCCCGAUUAGCUUCUUACUGUAAAAUCCAAAAGGAAAACUACCAGUUUGACCCACAGGAAUUGGGAUCUUUAGGCAAGCUGAUAGGUGCCAUCAUGUCUUUCUGCCUUACCCUACAUGGUAGCCAAAGUGUUUUAGUCAGAGUAGAACUUGGGACACCGCGUCCAUCACAGGGAUGAAAAUGGCCCUGGUACAGCCAGUCAUUCUCAUCACUGGGAUAAAGAGGCAGCAACAGAAGCAUC